AGAGGCAUUACUCAAUCCGUGUGAUGUGCUUGACUGAGAGCGAGAACCGAGCUUUUACUACGGGCCUGAUCGAGAAAUACGCAUUUGCAGAAGAUGCGUAUGCACCGUAUACUUCCGGGUAAAGGUAACAGACAGCAAACUAUAAAUCGUGUCGUGUGCGAUGUAUGUACGGUAAGAGGUGCACGAUGUGUAAAAAUACCAAUCUGUCGAAGAUUCGCGUGGAGACGAUCCGUUAGCGAUCCCGUGCCUUCAUUAACAACCCAAGCAUUACUCUGUUCUGAUAAAUCCCAAAUGUCUUGCGACUUUCUCACAUAGUUGUCCCACAUACGUGUGAUCGUCCUGUCUUACUCCACCGGAGGCAUUGCCAUCAACAAUUUUAUAUUUAACUUAUUUCUUGUUAGGUUUCGUAAUUGUAUCUGCCGAUCUGCUCUACGAUGCUUUUAAUCCGGCCACAGUGCGCUAGAGGAAGAUAUUUUAUCGUACACCACAUCUUUCAACAUUUUUAUGUAUAGCCACAGCUUUCAAACCUUUCAACGAUACAGCAGAUUUUUAUUAAUAUUGACAAAGAACGUAGCGGCUCAAAAUUGACUUAAAUCAUUGCUUUCGAUACGUACACACUGAUUACCGUUUGAUAAUCUAAAAUGGGGAAGAGCAAAGAAGCACAAAUAAGAACUCGUAAGUUGGAUGAGCUAAGAAAUCUUCGUGCCUGUAGAGUUUCAUUGUCUGAUGUUGCUUUGGAUUCGCACCUGCUAGAACUUUAUCCAAAGCUUGCAGUACUCAGAGACAAAAGCAAGAUUGUACUGAAAGAGAAAUGUAAGCAAGAAGAGCAAUUGUUGUCAUGUAAAUCUAGCAGUUUGUUCAGUAUUGUGUAUUCGCUGCAAUCGGAAGGAAGAGAGGAAAGAGCUAUUUUAGAAGAUGAAAAUUAUAUUAUGACAAGAAGCCGUUUACGAAGUAGAUCCACGCUAGGUGACGUGAGAAAGAUUGGAGCGAGUGGUCAAACUUUAGAAGCUAGGACAGAUACGUUGAGCAGUCUUUGUAAUAAUCGACAAGGAUUUAUUCAGCCAUGGCAGCAAUUAACGAGUGAAACGUCUAGUGAAUUUUUUUCUAGUAGAAAUAGUGAUAAAACAUUUAUUCCAUCCACGUCUACAUGCUCAAGUGACCAGACACAAAAAACGGUGGUAAAGAGACGCACUAAAACUGUCUUUGGUGAUAUCAAAAGCAGACUACGUAGCAGUAGGGGAUUAAUCAUGGCUAGCACUACUAAUAAAAGUUUUAGUGAUUAUAGUGGUGAGAUGCGAGACAGUUCCAUGAAAUCUGUCGUACAUGGGCAAUGCAGCAAUAGCAAAAACAAUAACUUACAUUCAAGUGAUAAUGUAACAGAUUCUAUGUCAACAGAACAUCAAGAGCAGCCUAAGAAAAAUAAAGAUAACAGUAGUGUGCCAUCUAACAUGACUGACUCAAAUGUAGAAUACGAAGUCUCUAUAAAUACAACAGAUCAGACUAUUAAAACUGAAGUACUACCUCAUUUAUCAGAGAUACAUAAUAAUAGAAACAAAAGUACAAAGAAAGUAAAGAGGCCUGUAUUAAAGAGAAGUAAGCCAAAGAUAAUUGCAAAUGAUAUUCUGCCAAAAGGUGCACUAAGUAUAAACAUCGUAAGACUUGACAGGAGAACUCGGGACAACGAUCCACUGAAUAGUUUUUCCAAACAGAUCUCUCUGAAACAAAAUGGUUGUAACGAUAGCAGAAGAAGUAUAAAGGAAACUGACAACGGCGAUAUAGAUAAAUCCACAAAUGUUGUGAAGGAAGGAAAAUGUCAUACGUCUUACGACACAAAUGAAUCAGUCAGUGAUGUAAAAACAGCAGAUGCGGCGUUAAAAUUUAAUAUUAACAAAGAUAAAGAUACAUUAACUCAUAGACUUCAGGAAAAAAAAAUUAUGCUAAGUAAAGUUACGCUCACUCGCAAUGAGUCCGAUCGUUUCAUGAAAUUAAGAAACACCGUGUACAAUAAGACUAUCAACAAUGAGGAAACGGUGAUAAACGAAAGGCUUACUAUAAAUCGAACAACCCAGUUAGGUAAAUUGGAUGUUAAAGAGCAAAUAUCCGAGAAUAAUGCGUCGCAGAAUAGCAAAGUAUGUAACGAGCCCAGUAUUGAGAAUGUAUUGAGCAAAGAUACCUCUGAUCUUGCGGACAUAGAUGAGAGGUGUGAUGUCACUAAGCCGUCCGUAUUUGUUGCUGAAGAGAAUGCUGUAAACCAAAAUAAAGAGGAGCAUAUUACAGAGAGCAAUAUUAAAACUCUGAAUUUAAAAAAGAAAAGAAGGACACUGGAUAUAAAAGAUUGGUUGGAAAAUCAGAUGUGUAGCAAAUCGAAGGAUGACGAACAGUCGACUAAUUUUUCCAAGAAUACGACGAUAGAUCUAAAUAUUAAUUCCAAGGAUGUACAAUCUAGCGAUAAGGAAAUGGACUUACGUGAGCAUCUGAAUAAAAAAAGAUCAAAGAGAGCUUACACACCUACAUCAUCUACAUCUGAAACAGAAGAGAAAAAGACUCGUAGGCUCUCGAUCGAGGAAAGGCCAAUUGUCAAUGAGACUCUCUCUGAAAAGGAGCAAAACAAUAAUAUUCAAAUGGAUACAGCUAAUAAUAAUUAUGUAUACUCACAAGACACGUUAAAAGAGAUGCAACGUACAAAUGAAAAAGAUCGAAGUAUUUGUAAAAAUACUAAUAUACAGAAGAGCCAUGCGACCGAUAAUAGGAAUGACACGACCAACGAAGACGAUGAUUGUAUUUCUCUUUUUGCAAACGAGUCCUUUGGUGACAGCUACUGCGAAAAUAUAUUAAAUAAAUCACACAAGUUUCUGCAGUCCGACGUACCAUACGAGAUGAGUGCCACGAUGUUCGAUAAAUAUAUGAAACAAAAUGCAAACGAAUUUAAUAAGGAGUUCGCAGAAUGCACGGAAGAAGACAGUGCGGUGGAGUUCAGUAAAGUAAAAAAAGAAGUCAACAAACUAGCUUUACCAGCCACUAGUGUAACUGCAAUUGUACAACCGAGUUCAUCAACAUUUAUCCGAAAUAAGGAUACAUAUAGAGAUAGAGAUAGAGGGAGAGAGAUAGAGGAAUUUAAUAAGGUGUCGAUAGGGGAGAGGAAUCUCAUGAAGUUCAUUAAAGGAUAUUGCUUUGGGAUACUGAGGACGUCUCUAUGCCACAGGUCGUCCUGUAAUUUUAAUCACAAUUUGCAGGAACUCGUACACGCAGUUCAGUCGGAAGAGUCCGUCGUGAUCCUGGAGAUAAUGCGGAACGCGUUCGUCUGUCAGUUUAACAAUCUCUUCGAGAAGGUCUACGUGACAUCACUGUCGAAGCUGUCCAUUGAGGAAAUUUUAGCGAUAUACCAAAUGAUUCAUGAUGUUCAGAAUUCGAGAAACGCCGCCAGGUUCAAGGAGCAGUCGAGGAAGCUCAUUAUUCACAGUAUCGUCAGGGAAUUGUUAAAGAGGCAGAUGCCGUUAAAAAUGAUUAUAGAUCAGUUGGUGGUGUGCAUCGCGCCCAACAAGAACGUCUACGAAUUCCAGAAUAUAUUAACAUCGGUGGAGAGUUACGUAAAACGCGCGGAAUAUUGGAACACAGUGAGAUCUUUAAUUUUGAUGUUUGAACCAAGCAAAGAUAUUAUCGAGAACGUAUUGCGCGUGUGCGUGGAGACUAAAAACCUUGCUGAUAUCGAGGACGUUAACAAUACCUUGAUGAACGAGCUUGAUUCCAUAUUAAGAUUAACAUUAGACAGAAACUUAGUUAAGAGUUUCUACAAUUUAAUUACCGAGAAAACCGCGAGAGAUUCUUGUCCAGUAGCAACAAUUUCGAGGUUUGGAAAAUGCGAGAGGGUGGAGAGUAUCGCUUCUCCUGACUCAAAGCAAAAUGCAGGCGCGUUACAAGCGGAAUCUUCAAGAACGCAAGACGUUGCUUCCAACAGUGAAGUCGACAUGAACAGAGACGAGAGAGAAUCAAGUCGAGGAGAGGAUUCAAUAAACCAGGUGUCCUACACGUUACAACCUAUUGAUGACUUGCCCGACGCGAGGUCCAUUUACAGAGAUUGUGCCAAUCUCUGGAAAUUCUUCGCGGAUCUAGAUAGAUUCAAGAAGGGACUCACGCACAAGGAUUAUGAUUACGUAAUCGAUAUACUGAAAAGUUACAUGGAGAAAUCGGGCGAAAAUUCGUUGUUCGUUCGCUCGUGUUGCACUAUACUCCGAGCGGAGAUAAAACACUCGAAAUAUCAUUUAGAACAGAUUAUACAACGGACAGUCCAAAUGGGUUCCUCAAGCGUUUUGGGCAAGACGCUCUUCGAUAUAGGAUUAAAUAUAGUAAACAGCUUAAUGGACGAGGAAGCUCCGAGACUUGCCCUUUCGUUGAUUCAGUCACUUAAAAUCUACGGUUUACCACUUAACGCAGGGUUUUUUCUGCUGUCAGCCGAGAUUUAUUUAGCUAACGAUAAAACAUUGGAGGCACUUGAUUUGCUAAAACAUAAGAAUAUUAUAUGCACGAGUCGUGCUAAGUGGCAUGUUGCAAGCACCGUCAACGAUGAGCGUAUAAGAAAUAAGAUCGUGCACAUCCUAUUGGAUGUACUUUGCGUUGAAUUCACUCAACAUGCUUUCUUCCUUUUUCAAUUUUUACUCAAAGACCAAUCCAGUCAAUAUCAUCCAAUAGAUUUAUCUCGUUAUAUUGAUAAGUUAAUAGUGUUAUCUUUGACGUCGAUGGACACGAGCUUAAUCACAGAAGCGGGAAACUUAGUACUUAAAUAUAAUUUUGCGUUAAGUGCGACACCUUGCCGUGCACUAAUUGCAACGUUAAUUCACACGGACGAAGCCUUAGCGAGCCAAAUUUAUAAUUUUGCGGAAGGAAUAGGGAUCUAUUCCUCAGUGAAGCUGACGCCGGUAACGUACAUUAUUUUGCGUACCGACUUAACCGAAGAGGAAAUAUAUCUCGCAGUUCUGCAAUUGCUGAAAAUCCUUAAGCUGAAUCUAGGACAAGGCAUUGAACACGCUAAACCUCAGCAUAUCAAAGUAUACUUAUACUUGGAGGUAAAAGCAAAGAAUGAAAACUUUUCUCACACCACGUUGCGUUACACUGCCGAGCAGAGUUAUAACAGUCAAGCUAUCACGAAUACCAAAACAUUAAUAAGAAAUGUUUUAAAAAAGCGAUUUGACCCAUCUAUAAAAUUAAUGCCAAAAUUUUGUAAAGAUAGAGUGUGCCGAGUACAAAGUACAAGUUUGCUAAAUUAUUUAAUAUCAGAACAUAUAUAAUUAAGUCUAAACUUGCUCUCUCUUAAUACACAGUACAAAAUAACAAACUAAAUAUUUUGUCAUAUGAAGACUGAAAUGUUUUUUGUUACUGUCUUAACAUUAGGUAUUUAUUUUAUUUCAUAAUAUAUUUACGCUUUCUAGAUAUUUUGAAUGGUUGUAAUAAUUGUAAUAGUCUUAUAAUUAAAAAAACAUCUUUUAUUAUAAAAUAUCAUGUAUGUAUCUAUGAAGAUCUUCACACAUGUUUAUCUUAGCUUUUAAGUUUUUAUUUCUUUAAAAAUAUGACAUAUUUUGAUUUUCUUCCUUUUACAUUAUAUGACAUAAAUCGUGUUUAAUAUAUUUUAGGAAAGCACAUUUUUUUAUUAAUUUUAUUGUAUGACACACACACACACACACACACACAGAGAAAGAGAGAAUGUCCGGUACUGAAGGUGCUAACGUUCAUGAGAUGAUAGAGUGGAUUAAGUUGAGUAAAACAAGUCUUGUAUUAUUUCUCAGAUAGCCACGUAAAAUUUUGAGAUAUUAAAUAAAAAGGAUUGUUAAAUGCAUAGACAUAGAGACAUGGACUGCGCCAUCCAUAUUAUGUAAAAGUGGUCGUGAAAAAUGAGAAGGAGAGGACGUGAAGACGG